GGGAGCUGUUGUUGAUGUUUGGCUUCCCUUCUUUCGGCUUCUUCGCAUUUCCAGCUCUGCCUUGCUCUGCGUUGCGGGGCGUGUCACGGAGUAUCGGUGUCAUGGCUCUGUUGUUGUUGCGUGUUAUUGUCUCUGUUUCCUUCGUGUUUCGUAGUUGAGCCCUUCGCUGCGGCGCUUUCGUUUCUACAUUUGGUUCUUGUUUGCAGGGCAUCGUCGCUUGCGCCAGUUUUGUGUCCUGGUGCUGGAAUCGGCCAUGGAGACCUCGACUUCGCUGGAUGGUGCGGUCGAACUUAGCGAGGGUUUAUCCUUAGUGCCUUGCACUCUCAUCUCGCUCUCCUUCGUCCGCGCGGACGUGUCCGUGCGCCCCGUCGACGAAUGGAAGCUGAAGGAGGGAUUGACUGCUCUGUUUAAGAAGACAUUCGGGCUGACGGUGGCCGACCGGGACCUUGUUGUCCAGAAAGAGAAGAAUUAUUUUAAAAAACGGAGGGACGAGCCCAUCGCGCAUGGAGUCUUGCAUUUGUGGGGGUCGAAACCUGAGGGAGACCCCUUGAGAGUUGGUGGUGAGGGAGCUGAUUGGAGGAAGUAUGUAGCGGAGUCUGUGAAUGGCAUCGAGCUGAACGUUAGCGGGUUGAAACUUAGAUGCAUUGCUCUUAUUAAAGAGACGAAUAACUUUGACGCUCUCAAGCAAUCAUGGGAGGCGGUAUUUGGCCCUCGUCGUGGAGAAGGCGCACAAGCAGGUCCAACUACUCUCACAUUGAAAGGCGUGCCGUCUCGGUGGUUUGCCGAGCCACGGGUGUCAUCGAAACCUUCUGUGUUGGUCACUCAUACAAUAUUCUCCAGUUUCGGUGAAAUCAGGAAUUUGGAGGUGCUGGGCAAUGAAGAGCUGGCAAAGAAUCCUAGGGACGUUGGAAGUAUGGCUGCCGCUUUACAGUGCCAAGUGUGGGUGCAGUUCAUCAACCAUGCGAGUUUCUGCAAAACUUUACAGACUUUUUGUGGUCGUGCAAUGCAAAAGGCAGGGUCCAGCUUCCGAGCAACGUAUGAGGUUGACUGGGAUAAAGAGAACUUCUUUAGUGUGAUGAACGUUCGGCGGAGGAAAUUUGAAAAAGAAAGACUUGAGCAACAGUUGCGAAUAGAGGCCGAGUUACUUCGAAAGCGGGAAGCUGAAGCUCGACAGGCUGAGUUUGCUCGUGUAGAGGAGGAAAGGUUGAAGAUGGAACGUAUGGCCGCUGCUUUGAGGGCGGAGGAAAGACAACGUCAACUGGAUGAGUUAGCCAAAGAACUGGAGGAGGAAUCUAGAAUGCAGAUGUUAGAUCCUGAUACAUCGUCAGAAGAGAAGGUUUCGAUCGAGGGGAUUCUUUUUCUGCAGAAUGAUAGAGAUAAGGCCUCAGGAGAGGGAAUGUUACAAAGUGGUACUGAAAUGAAACAGCGCAUAUCUGAGGAAGAUGAGAGAUUUUCGCCAUCACGGAAGACCAAUGUAAGGCACACAUAUGACACAAAAGAUGAAAGGCUUCUGCUGCCAGUUAGAGACGAAGGAAGAUCCUCAUCUGACGACGAUGAAUCGUUACAUUCUCCAGUAGCUAGAGAAAAGAGGAGACACAUGUCCGAGACCGAUGAAGAGAUAGAAGCACUAUCCCCACUCACAAGAGACAAGAGAGGUUAUACAUCAAAUGCUAGAAGAGAGACGGUGUUAACGAAGAAAAGAGCGAAGAGGGGGGAGGCAUCUGAGGAUGAGGAUAUUCGGCCUGUCAGGAACAAGUCUAGAGAUUCCUUGAAAGAUGAGGCUAAAUGGCAUUCGUCUCAUGCGAGAAAGCAGAGCGAAGACACCUCAGAGGAUGAUUUUGAAGCUAAUUCUCCAGUAGCUAGGAAUAGAAGGAAGGACACAUCUGAGGAAGAGGGAGAAUUGCGGCCGCUUCCACCAAGAAUGAAGUUUCGAGAGUAUACAUCUGAAGAGGAAGAAUCACGGGCACUACACCGCAAGGACAGGAGAAGAUAUACAUCCGAUGAUGAGGAAGGGAGAUUUAUACCAGAGUCUGUUGAUAAGAGAUCUGAUACAUCCAAGGAGGGUGGACGUAUCACAAAUGUUUUUGAAGAGAACGCUUCUCAUGACUUGUACAAUCCUUUGGAGAGAUGGGAACCAGUGGAUGAAACACCGCGUCAUUUGAAGCUGGCGAUGGGAAACAGUAGACAUGAAGAACAAAGUUAUGAGCCAAGAGUGGAGGGAAGCAUCAGGACUGCUAGUAAGCGAUUUUCCUCUCCUGAAGCAAGUGAUGAGGAGGAGGAACUUGAGCAUGAUGAAUAUAUCAAGGAAGAUGCAUGGAGAGGGAAGGACGACCACUAUGAGGUGGACCGAUGGGCUCUGGAUGUAACGCACAGUGUGGCGUCCUUAUCUGUAUCAGAGAUGCUGUUGCAGGCUCCCAGGCAUACGCACAAGGGUGGAAUGGAUAAUUUUGAGAAGCGGUUACGUAGCAUUAUUACAAUCAGCAGUUGAGGAUUGAGUUGCGACUUGCAGAUUUUAUUGCUAGUCUUGUGAAACAUUUGUGAAUGAACAAAGUAGCUUCCGGCAUUGCCGUCUAUUGUCUGUCACCUGGUGAUCAGGUUCAUGUGUGCAGCCGGUGAAAACCAUGUACUAAUUGGAUUUCAUGUCUUUCUUUGUGGGACUUCUUUCCUCGUAGACCAUCAUUGCAUCCCGAAAUCUGUUCUCUUUGGCCAAGAAAUUUAUUUCUAGCAACAUGUGCCCGGCGGUUGAUAUGAUUUUCGAGGGGAUUUAUUUCGCUUGAAUCAUAAGUUGACUCAGGUUUUUGAAGGUUUCCGUUUUUGGUACUCGGUAUGGCCUUGAUAUGGGCUUAGCCAUGCCACCGCAUAGCGCAUGUUUGCCGCACAUUUGCGAUGAGUAUGGUCAUCGUGCACACUAGCCUCAUUUUGUGAAUGAUACUCUUGAAAACUGCCCAGGUUUAAGAGCUCUGUGAGAAGCACGAGGGGAUUACUGCGAAUGUCUGUGAAGAAAAACUCAGAAGGGUUUAAUUGCGGUUUUGGGAAACAUCAAACUUGGAGCCUCACGAAAUUCGAAAAGUUGGAGUUCUUUGGGUUUUAGUCAAUGUAAUUCACGAGGCUGUUUUUGGUGAAGUUUGUGCAGAUGUGACUGUUUAGUGCGGUUUCUCAGCACCAUGGGCCACUGCACAUCAUCGGCUUACACAUUUGGUAUGUAGCUGCUUUUAAGUCGUUUUGUCGAAAAAAUAUUCCCCCAAUUCCAUUUUUCGCCUAAUAUAACUGUGUUCUUCCAGUCUAUCUUUUACACCUACUUUUUGUUUAUAUCAUCCCCCUUCCAGUUGAAUUUCUGAAAAAAGAAAACUAGAAGUUGAAAUUGAUUCAUUGGUCUACUUGGGAAUCUAAUUGUACAAUUUCCUGUUGGAGAAAAUGUCUUUUGCAGUUGUCGAUAUGGUAAUGUUGGCAUCAGCUUCCAUGUCUUCAACAUUAGAUUGUCGAGAUGAAUUUCAAAGUAGAUAAAGUUUAGAGACAGAUGAUGUAGAUUUUUCACCACGAAACUCUGAUUUGAAUACUAUGUUCUCUUCAUCCUUUUAAAGGGGUUGGUACAAUGUUGUCUACGUA